GUGCAAGACCUUCUAUCGAUAAUAAUGUGAUAAUUGUUCCAAUAGUAUCAUAGACGGAAGCAGUUUGGAAAUGUGCAGCUUAAAUGAUGAAAAUUUUGGUGAUGAUGGGGAUGCUGAUUAUAUGACACCGCAAACGGAAAAAGUUUUAUCGGAACCGAAAGGCAUUUGUCAUAAAUGUGGGCAAGAUGGUGAAAUUUAUAAAUUACAUUUCAGAGAAGCGGAAUGCAAAAUCUGCUUCAUCCAAUACGUGAAUCACAAGUUUCGAGCUACAGUGGGAUCUUCUAAAUUGCUACCUCGAAAUGCGGUCAUACUUUUAGUGUUCGAUGGCAGUGCAGAGGCCAUAGUCCUCUUGGAUAUGUUGCAGAAGGCACAAAUAGAAACGAAUUUUAAGAGACUGUGCUGUGAAUUUAAAAUACUAUUUAUUGAUGAUUACGAACUGACGAACAGAAAUUUAAAUGCUAUUGAUUAUAGCAGCUAUAUAAAAACUGUGCAAGAAUUUCUUUUCAAACAAGAGGGUGUUAAAAGUUAUGUUAUUAAUUUAAGAUGUGGUAAGGAUCAGGAACCAUUCGAUAUUGAUAACAUAGACUCGUACUUGGCACGGGAAACGGAUAAGGAGAAAAUAUUUGCAAGUAAUUUUUAUAGAAUCCAGACAACUACAAGUCGUAAAGAAUUCCUAAGAAUGCAUCGUAAUAAAUUAAUAGCUUCAGUGUCACAGUAUCUAAAUUGUAGAUAUGUUUUUAUACCUUCAAUUAACAUAAAUGUUGCAGCUGACCUGCUUUCAAGCAUUGUACUUGGUCACGGGAAUAACGCUGCUUUGGACGUUGCGUUCCUCGAUGACCGUUUGGGUAAUGGUAUAAAAUUAAUGCGUCCGCUUAAGGAUCUAAGUCAAUCAGAGGUCAUACUUUAUGUACGCGCAAGAAAUUUGAAAACAUUAAAAACAUCGCCUGAUCUAUUAUCCGGUUGCGGAAACAGUUUGCAAGACAUAACGGAAUUAUUUAUACAAGAUCUACAAAAAAACUAUAAAUCAACUGUUUCAACAAUAUUUCGUACUGGAAGUAAAAUAGCACCAAAUAAUUACCCAAAUCCAGAGGGAAAAGAGUGCAUCAUUCAAAAUUCGGAAAAUCAGAGUACUAGAUAUGAUCUUUGCACAAUCUGUAAUUCUCUAUUUUUAGCAGAAUCUAAAACUCUAUUGGCAGUUGAGUACUCUCGUUAUGUAUCUAAAGAAGUCGUAUCAUUAAUUGAGUCAUUUCCCGAUCACAAGGAAUAUUUGAAUUGCAAGAGUAAACAAGGAAAAAGUCUUUGUCACCGCUGUGAAAAUAUGCAACGUGACUGCGAAGUUAAUUUAAUAUAGCAAUGCUACAGAAUUUACAAAUAUUUUAUAUAUCUACGAACAUGCACUAUAGAUUUAGAUAUAAAUAAUUGAUGUACAACCGAAA